GGUAAAGGGAAGUAAGCUUUUGGAGGGUCGAGAUGCUCCUCAUCCUCUCCGAGGAGCCCUCGGCAUCCUGCCCAGCAUGUGACAGUCACCUGGUUAUGAGAAGACCGAUGAUGUUUCAGAGAAGACUUCCUUGGCUGACCAGGAGGAAGUAAGGACUAUAUUCAUCAACCAGCCCCAGCUGACAAAAUUCUGCAAUAACCACGUCAGCACUGCGAAAUACAACAUAAUCACAUUCCUUCCGAGAUUUCUCUACUCUCAGUUCAGAAGAGCCGCGAAUUCAUUUUUUCUCUUUAUUGCACUGCUUCAGCAAAUACCUGACGUAUCACCAACAGGUCGCUAUACAACACUGGUUCCUCUCUUAUUUAUUUUAGCUGUGGCAGCCGUCAAAGAGAUAAUAGAAGAUAUUAAACGACAUAAAGCUGAUAAUGCAGUGAACAAGAAACAGACACAAGUUUUGAGAAAUGGUGCUUGGGAAAUUGUGCACUGGGAAAAGGUAAAUGUUGGAGAUAUAGUUAUAAUAAAAGGCAAAGAGUAUAUACCUGCUGACACUGUACUUCUCUCAUCAAGUGAGCCCCAGGCCAUGUGCUACAUUGAAACAUCCAACUUAGAUGGGGAAACAAACCUGAAAAUUAGGCAGGGCUUACCAGCAACAUCUGAUAUAAAAGACAUUGACAGUUUGAUGAGAAUUUCUGGCAGAAUUGAGUGUGAAAGUCCAAACAGACAUCUCUAUGAUUUUGUUGGAAACAUAAGGCUUGACGGACACAGCACUGUUCCCCUGGGAGCAGAUCAGCUGCUUCUUCGAGGCGCUCAGUUGAGGAAUACACAGUGGGUUCAUGGAAUAGUUGUCUACACUGGACAUGACACCAAGCUGAUGCAGAAUUCAACAAGUCCACCACUUAAACUCUCAAAUGUAGAACGGAUUACAAAUGUACAAAUUUUGAUUUUAUUUUGUAUCUUGAUUGCCAUGUCUCUUGUCUGUUCUGUGGGCUCAGCCAUUUGGAAUCGAAGGCAUUCUGGAAAGGACUGGUAUCUCAAUCUAAACUAUGGUGGUGCUAAUAAUUUUGGACUGAAUUUCUUGACCUUCAUCAUCCUGUUCAACAAUCUCAUUCCUAUCAGUUUGUUGGUUACAUUAGAAGUGGUGAAAUUUACUCAAGCAUACUUCAUAAAUUGGGAUCUUGACAUGCACUAUGAACCCACAGACACUGCUGCUAUGGCUCGAACAUCUAAUCUAAACGAGGAACUUGGCCAGGUAAAGUACAUAUUUUCUGACAAAACUGGGACUUUGACGUGCAAUGUAAUGCAGUUUAAGAAGUGCACCAUCGCUGGAGUUGCUUAUGGGCAGAACUCACAGUUUGGAGAUGAAAAAACAUUUAGUGAUUCAUCAUUGCUGGAAAACCUCCAAAAUAAUCAUCCGACUGCACCUAUAAUUUGUGAGUUUCUUACAAUGAUGGCCGUUUGUCACACAGCAGUACCAGAGCGAGAAGGUGAUAAGAUUAUUUACCAAGCUGCAUCUCCAGAUGAAGGAGCCUUGGUCAGAGCAGCCAAGCAACUGAAUUUUGUUUUCACUGGAAGGACACCUGACUCAGUGAUUAUAGAUUCACUGGGGCAGGAAGAAAGAUACGAAUUACUCAAUGUCUUGGAGUUCACCAGUGCUAGAAAAAGAAUGUCAGUGAUUGUUCGCACUCCAUCCGGGAAGUUACGACUUUACUGCAAGGGAGCCGACACUGUGAUUUAUGACCGAUUGGCAGAGACUUCAAAAUACAAAGAAAUUACCCUAAAACAUUUAGAACAGUUUGCUACAGAAGGGCUGAGAACUCUGUGUUUCGCCGUGGCUGAGAUUUCAGAGAGCGACUUUCAAGAGUGGCGAGCAGUCUACCAGCGCGCGUCCACGUCUGUGCAGAACAGGCUGCUGAAACUGGAAGAGAGCUACGAGUUAAUCGAAAAGAAUCUUCAGCUACUUGGAGCUACAGCCAUUGAGGAUAAAUUACAAGAUCAAGUGCCUGAAACCAUAGAAACUCUAAUGAAAGCCGACAUCAAAAUCUGGAUCCUUACGGGAGACAAGCAGGAAACGGCCAUUAACAUUGGACAUUCCUGCAAACUUUUGAGGAAGAACAUGGGAAUGAUUGUUAUAAAUGAAGGCUCUCUUGAUGCAACGAGGGAAACUCUCAGCCGUCACUGCACUACACUAGGUGACGCCCUUCGGAAGGAGAACGACUUUGCUCUCAUCAUCGACGGGAAGACCCUCAAGUACGCCUUAACCUUUGGAGUGCGCCAGUAUUUCCUGGACUUGGCUUUGUCGUGCAAAGCUGUGAUUUGCUGCAGGGUUUCUCCGCUUCAAAAAUCUGAAGUCGUUGAGAUGGUUAAAAAACAAGUUAAAGUCAUAACCCUUGCCAUCGGGGAUGGAGCAAAUGACGUCAGCAUGAUCCAGACGGCACACGUGGGGGUUGGGAUCAGCGGCAACGAAGGCCUUCAGGCGGCUAAUUCCUCCGAUUACUCCAUAGCGCAGUUCAAGUAUUUGAAGAAUUUAUUGAUGGUUCAUGGUGCCUGGAACUAUAACAGAGUCUCCAAGUGCAUUUUGUACUGCUUCUACAAGAACAUCGUCCUCUACAUCAUCGAGAUCUGGUUUGCCUUUGUUAAUGGCUUUUCUGGACAGAUCCUCUUUGAGAGAUGGUGCAUAGGUCUUUAUAACGUGAUGUUUACAGCAAUGCCGCCGUUAACUCUGGGAAUAUUUGAGAGGUCAUGCAGAAAAGAGAAUAUGUUGAAAUAUCCUGAAUUAUACAAAACGUCUCAGAACGCCCUGGACUUCAACACCAAGGUUUUCUGGGUUCAUUGUUUAAAUGGCCUCUUCCACUCCGUUAUUCUGUUUUGGUUUCCACUAAAAGCCCUUCAGUAUGGUACUGUGUUCGGGAACGGGAAAACCUCCGAUUACCUGCUGUUGGGAAACUUUGUUUACACUUUUGUGGUGAUAACUGUGUGUUUGAAAGCUGGAUUGGAGACAUCGUAUUGGACGUGGUUCAGCCACAUCGCAAUCUGGGGCAGCAUCGCACUCUGGGUGGUGUUUUUUGGAAUCUACUCAUCUCUGUGGCCUGCUGUUCCGAUGGCCCCCGAUAUGUCAGGAGAGGCAGCCAUGUUGUUUAGUUCCGGAGUCUUUUGGACCGGCCUCUUAUUUAUCCCUGUGGCAUCUUUGCUUCUUGAUGUAGUGUACAAAGUUAUCAAAAGGACUGCUUUUAAAACAUUAGUAGAUGAAGUUCAGGAGCUGGAGGCAAAAUCUCAAGACCCAGGAGCAGUUGUGCUUGGAAAAAGCCUCACCGAGAGGGCGCAACUGCUCAAGAACGUCUUUAAGAAGAACCAUGUGAACUUGUACCGGUCGGAAUCAUUGCAGCAAAACCUGCUCCAUGGGUAUGCUUUCUCUCAAGAUGAAAAUGGAAUCGUCUCCCAGUCUGAAGUGAUUAGAGCGUAUGACACCACAAAGCAGAGACCCGAUGAAUGGUGACGGGGAGGGGCUGCGAGGCCAGCUCUGCUGUGUCUCUAAGGAGUGCUCCCAGGUCUUCAGCAGAAUCUGCUGACCCAUUCCAGUCUGGUCCCAGGAGGGGAAAUGGAUCUGAGCGCAUCUCACUGAUUGACAUUCAGAUUCAUGUAUAUUAUAGACAUAAGCACUGUGCAACUAUACUGUAACACCAUCUCUUUCAGAUUUUCGAAAGUAUUUGCUAAGUCUUUGUAAACAGAAAUGGAAAAUGACCUUGUAUCUUGCCAGAGUGUUUCCUUAAACUGAGAACAAGUCAGUAUUCUUAUGCUGUUGCUCUGGGGCUGUAACUGUCAGUGUACUGGAUAUGCCACAAGGUGACCAGCCAUUCGAAGUCUCUAAAAUGGUAGUAAGUUAAAGGGACUCUUGAUACCCAGUUUUAGAUUUCAGAAUAUGCUGAAGAAAAAAAAAACCAGCAUUCUUAAGGAACUGACUCGCUGAGCAAAAUUUCUAAACAAGACAUUAAUAAUAAGUGUUUGUGUCAAAAAUUGUCUUGAUAAAUGUUUGCCAAAGAAGUUCAAUAAAUGUAUUUCUCAUUCAGUAGUCAUUUGCCCAGAAAUUUAAGAGAAGGUUUACCUCCAGUUCUGCUGUAAGAUCUGCAUGCUUGACUUCUCAAAUCUAAGAGUGAUUUGCAAAAACAAGUAUUUCAAGGCAUUUGCUACUAAAAUCUGUGAUGUUGCACCUUCGGCCUUACAAAUGCUUCUUUCUUGUUUGUCUUAUUUAUUUGUUAAAGUCGAAGUGCACUCGUGGUAAGUGAUCCUGUCGUUACGACACUGAUUUUUUAAAGCUGUGUUUAUGUCUCAGUCCUUUCUGAUGAGGUUUCAUCAUCAUUUAGAUUUUUCUAACAGUCUGGCUUCUGCUGUAGAUUGAGCAAUGUCAUUUUGUCUUCAAGUUUUCUCUUUUAAGAAAAAUACGCUCACAUAUGUAUGUGAGAUUUCCCGUGCUUCUGUCAAGACGUUUGGAAUACCCCGCAGGAUACCUGCAUGGGCUUUUGUAAUGUCGGAGGCUCAGCUUCUGCCCUGUGCUUUGGUUUCUCUGUUAGUUCUCACGUGAGACGCCUGCUGUCCUCGGUAGCACACCCCGUGUUUCAGUGACUGCCCCUCCUGCACUGAGGACUGAGAGUGACUUCACUUUUCACGUGUCAGGCAGCUCCCAGAAUUAGUCACACGCUGCUGAUUGGGACAAAGCAGCAGUACAUUUUCCCCAUUUUAAAAACACCUAUUUUACUCAAGCCUGUAACUUUACAAAGAACCCUGUUCAUCUUGAGUAGAUUCUGUUAAUAUGCUUUUAAAUGUCUAUUCUGUUUAAUUAUUUUCAGCAUUUUCAAGACAUCUCCUGAAAAUACCUACUUUGCUACCAACUAUAGAUGGUGAGGGGAGGGGCUGUUUAAAAACCGCAACCUAUUUUCUACACUAUUUUUUAAAUAAAGCUUUCACGUAGAAAUAAAUAAAAAGGAAUUCUAGCUUUCAGAUACACUUCAGAGAUUGAAGCAAACUUUCUGCCUUGUGUUCAAAAGCCUGUUUGCCUUUAAGUGGACUUAACCAGCAAAAUAGGUAGAACUUCCUCUUUUGAAAAAGUCAACUAGGAUUGAGAAGAGAGGUGAUUUUCAAAUCACUCCUUGAGUUUAAUCAUUUACAUCCUUUUCACCCUUUUUCUCAAUCCAGACUUAAAAUUAGGUUAUUGAUUAUUUCCUUACCUGUAUUCUUAACUACUUAGUCACAUGUAUGCCUCCCACAUUUUCUGCAAAUAAGAGAAGUUGUAACACAUACAUAAUUCUAACCUAAAGGAGGGCAAGGAAUGAACAUAAAUACUCCCCAGACCCUUCCCAUCUGGGGCUCAGAUUAAGAGAAUCAUGAACCCAAACAUCUAGCAAGACCACAAGUAUGAGAGUCUAAGGUCAUCUUCAAAAUUCAGAUGUCACACUCUUUGUCUACUGAACGGAUAUUCAGAGCGGCUUGUCUGGGCCUCCGCGGGGAGAGUUGAGGUCAAACCACAAAAAACGAAAAACGAGAAUGAAGUACAUCCCUCCGGAGGAACAGUUUACAGCGGUGACAGAGAAGGGCUGCCUCCAUUUCCCCUCACCUCAUAGGUGACAUCCUUCUCCAGAAGGUUAAUAUUAAAAUGGGAUGAGCAUAAGAGCACUGAAUUUUCUGACUUAAGAAAACUAAGUGUUUUAUUUCUAUCUUGAAACACAGCUUGUUUCUGUGAAGCUCUUCAACGUGGGUAGAAGACUCAUGCUUAAUAUUAUAAUGUUGGUGAUCAUGAUCUGAAAUAUGACUAAUUUGUGCUUUUUUGUCCCAAGGACCUAUUUUGGAAUUAUCAACAGUAAGUCAAUCUCUUAGCUUCUUGGGUGGGAGUUGGGGGUGGGCAGAGAGGGCGUGACCUCCAUGGUAAAAUUUAAAAUAUAAGAUUGCAACUGCAGCAACCUUAUAGUGGUAAUGAGAGAAAACCCUCUGAUUUUUUUUUAACCUUCCUAAGGCCAGGAGUGGGGAAGUAACAGUUUUACCAAGAUUAAACUAAACAGUUGAAGUGUAUUUUCUGAAAUAAGGGACACUCCAAUUAAAACGUCCCUUGUAGGGACUGGCAAAUGCUAACACCGUUGCUUUAUAAUGUUUACAGUUCAGAAAACACUACUUUCAGCAGAAAAUCGUCAUUCAUCUCGCAUUGAAAAGCUGGAAGUUGCUUCUUUAAUGUUGACUAGUACACAGUGAUAUUGAGCAUGGACUUUCUAAACGUUUUAUACAUCAUAUAAAAAUAUAUUGGUGUCUCACACCCAGAAAGAUGCUAUAUGGUAGAAAUUAUUAGCAGGAAAAUAGUGUUUCUCAGGAAUGUAGUAAAUUGUAAGUGAAAUAUAUGCUGCCCACCCCCCACCCCCACCCCACUCUGUCUCAUGUGAGCCUGCUUCAGCCAUGCGGCAAAGUUAAUGGGAAACUUUUUCUAAUCAAGUCAGGUGAACCUGUAUUCUAUUCAGUAAUGUCAGCCAUUUACAUGAACUGUAUGGUCAUUGAAUGGAAUCCUCUUAAUUAAGUGAUUCCUCUUAAUUUCCAAGGAAAAAGAAAUGAAUUCAAGAAAUCAACAUUUAUUCUGGUCGUUAUAUUUUAACUUCGCAGUUUCGCAUUCUCAAUAACCAGUGUGAAAGUCACACGAUUUGUUCUGCAUUGUGUGCACUGUACAUCACUUAGAAUCUGUCAUUUAAGAUGUUCUUUCAGGAAAUGAAUGCUAAUCAGGAAGUACUUGAUUGCAUAUUCACAAUGUUUUCUUUAUAACAAUGUCAUCCUUAUUACAAAGCUAAAUAAUUCUUAGUGUUUAUUUUUGUGCAGUUUGCCCUUGGAUAGUUCCUGGUUCUAAAACUUGCAUCAUCAAUUAAAUCUAUAAUCAUCCACAAAAUUUAUUGAGCAAAUUCCCACUCUAUUCACAUCACAUGGGCCAGGCCUAUAGAACUCUUUUCAUAAAUUACUUGAUGUAACACCAUGCAGCUCAGUGCCUAAUAAAUGCUUUUUAAUGAUGAACAUUUCUAUAAUGCCUCUUAAAGAGACCAUAGUUUGAUUUUUCUCACAUUGAAAUAACUGAAAGUCACUUGUGAAGCUCUUAUUUUUUGCUGCAUUUUAAUUAACCUUCAACAGCUAUUCAAAUGGAAUGUAAGUUAAAUUUUGAAGGAAAGGAAAUAAAUGUUUUCCAUUUUUUGUCCUGAUUUAUUUUCUGUAUGAGAGCAGCUGUGUUUUUGAUAGGUUUAUGGUUUGCAUGAAUUAAUAUUUAAAGUGGUCUAGGCCAAUGCAUGGCUCUUGCUGUAAAUCUUGAUGUUUAUUUCUGCCUUAUAAAAUUCUUUCGUGGCCUACCUGAAAUUUAAUAUUCAGUGGGCAAAUUAAUUGGUCCUCUGCACUUUUUUUAAUAAGUAAAUUAUUUUACAAAUUUGAACUAAUUUAAUUGAAACUUUUGUUUAGCUUGCCUCUAAGAACUUUCCUUAAUAAAGCUCACAAAACUUCUCAGCAAAUAAAUCUCCCUUAAGUAGGAAAAAAGCUAGAUUUCAUACUAGCUUACUUUGAAUUAACAGCAACUUUCCAUAGGUAAAUCUGCUCUUGCAAAGAUGUGAGCAGAAUAUUUAAAAAUAUAUAUUUUUAUGUUUCCUGGUUCUAGACUAGCAGCCAUAAAUGCAGUAAAUGCUGUUUGUUGUUUGUUUAACUACUUCAAGCUUCAUUUUUCACAUUUUCAAGUUUCUUAGGUUAAAAAGAAAGGCAGCCUUGGAAGGCAGCUACUAUGGAAAAUUGCAGUUUGCAUUAAAGAUAAAAUCGUAUAUUUUCAGCUCCAUGAAAAACCAUUCCUGCUGAAACUGCUGUAGAAAUUGUGAAGCUGCAUGAGUGGAGAGUGUUGACUCUGUGAUUAUAGUAGUUUUCUCAGGUUUGUUUAUCUCGAUGUUCAAAGCACUGUGUUUUAUAAAUAGUUAUUAUAAGUUGAGUAAUAUUCAAUUCUACGCAGUGUUACGUGUCAUUGGCCUUUUGUGGAUGUGCAUGUUUUAAACUGCAAAUUUUAAACAUUUUGUCCUGAUUGUUAUUAAAAAUGAAAUAAACCUUUCCAUUCCAUAAA